AUGCCCUUCAAGAACGAAAGCUCUAUCGAGAUCGCGGCACCGCCUGCGAAGGUGCGGGAAAUUCUCCUGAACUUCUCGGCAUACCCAGAAUGGCACACCGAUUUCAUCAAAGGGAUCGAAAUCCAAGAAAAGGAUAAGACCGCUCAAAUGCUUACCGAUGGCGACAAGGUCGAAGUCAACAUUGAGAACUUCAAAUUUAUUGCCGAAAUCAAGGUAGGGGAACUCAAUUUCCAUCCCAGGCGAAGCGCUGAUCACAAUGUCCAGUCCAACACUGAAGACUUGUUCUCGUGGCAGGGCCCACCCGUCUUCACCAUCGCCGGUCUUCAUAAAUUCCACAUCGAGCCUAUCAAGGAUGGAACGGCCACUAUCUUCACGCAAUCGGAGGAACUGAAGGGUCUAAUGGCCUGGAUGAUGAGUCCAUCACUGCUGGGCAAGAAGAUGAAGACUCACUUUGACGAGUUCCACCGCGACCUCAAGGCUCGCGCCGAAGCUUCUUAG